AUGCAGAUUCCUCGCGAUUAAAUGAGGAAUGGUUUUUAAAAAUACAAUCCAAAUGGGAGAAGCAAUGGAAACAAAAGAUAAUAAAUGCAGAACUUCAUUGCUCCCAACAUACCCAAAGGAAUGUUGAGCAUGAAUAGUGGAUCGAAAACAGAGAAAAAUACGAAGUUGAAUGACACAGAAACCACUGAUGUGACUCAUAAUAACCUGGGUUUCAGUUAACAAUUACAACAAUAGAUACGGGUUGAACAUUUAGAUUUGGGAUUCUUCAAAGUCUAGUCUUGCAAAAUCAUGGGCAAUCACAAUCACAAGCAUUGUCCAUUCUUUCAUAAUCCCAAGGAUCGUAAAAGGAUUGGCGUGGAGUAUUCAGCCGAGUUAUGUCAAUAUGUUGACAAAAAUUCAAUUUGUCCUUAUGGAGACAAUUGCAAUAGAGCUCACAACAGAGUGGAGUAGUUGUAUCGAGUUGACAAUUACAAAACCAAAUUUUGCUCCUUCUAUCCCCAUAAUAUUCAUUAAUGCGAUUAUGGGAAAUUCUGUUCCUUUGCCCAUUCAGAAGGUGACAUAGCCAUAGAACUCAUUCACAAUCUAGAAUACGACGAUGAUUUCUUCAUGUUCUAUUACAAAACAGUGUGGUGUCCAUUCAAUCUGACAUAACAUGAUAAAUCCCUAUGUGUAUAUGCUCACAACUGGUAGGACUUCAGAAGAAAACCACAAGGAUUCAAUUACAUUCCAUAAUCAUGUCCCAAUUGGGAAUACGAAUGA